UAAACAACAAAUAGAUGAGAAAGGUUAGAUUAUAGUACUGUGUGCGUCAUCUAGUGAAAAAAAUGCAAAGCGUAAAAGUAACCGUUUUUGUAACAGGACCGUAUUAGCCCCGUAUGACCCACACAUUUUUAUUUCCAAAUCGAAUUUUUUCUAGAAGAUAAUGGGCCGUUUUGGAACAUCAUUGCUAUUAUGCUUCUACAAUCUAGUAAAAUGACUGAGUGAAAAUGGGAACAUUUAUUUUAAGUCUGUAAUCGAAGGGUCAAAACAAAAAGAAUUAUUUUUAAAGAAAAUUCGUCCCUGUAAGUAGGUCACCAAACUCGAACUUGCGCUGAAAAAAAUGUGUGUGAAACUUCACAAAAGAUGCGAUCUCUAGAUAAAAGAUAACGGUUCCGUUUAUUAAACCAUCUUCACCUGAAAAAAAGCCGAUGUGAGAAAUAUGAUAAAUGCAAAAUACAUUGCAUCACAUUCCGCAUUGUAAAGGUAAAUCACUUUAUUUGCUUCAGCGAAGGUGAUAACUUGUUGAUCUAGAUUGCAGCAUUGUAUAUGCCGAGAAAGUCUGGUAAUUCUCAUUAGUUGUGUUUUGUUUUAGACCAUGAACGGUACUGGCCAGACCACUCUGGAUAAAAUUCAAAAUGAAAUUCGGGAAAACUUGAAGAGAGAAGAUGAGCUGAAAAGUGGAUAUAGAAACGGAGUGAAAACUGUGGCACAGGAAAAAGGAACCGACAUUACUUCUAGUCAAAGUACUGAGAGUACCGAAAGUAAACCUGUCUCUAAGAUGAAUGGGUUCAAGAAGUACACCCCAAAUAUUUCCAAAAAAGGGGUGAUGCAGAGGUUUUUCAAGAGCAGAGGAAAAGUUGGAGUCACAUCUCAAUCUACAGAUGCUCAUAGUGUGUGGAUUAGUGAUGCUACUUUUCAGCCUGCAAAGAUCACUGUGGAAAAAGGUGGCAAGCCCCUAAGAAACGGCUAUGUGCCCGCUGAAGAAAAGAUCACCAAGGAACUCCAAGACUUCCAAAUCCGAGAGAUAGAACUGCGGAAAGAGCGCUUCAAAUCACAGCCAGACCUGAUGGCUAGCCUAGACUUGGAGGACAGUGAACUGGAGUCCAUAGUCAGCAAUGGCAGUUCCAUUUUGAAACCUGCCAAAUCCAUGGCGAACCUGUAUCAAUCUGAAGAUGAUGAGCAAAGUGAAGGCAGCUCAGUUAUGGGCUCCUCAGCUCCUGGUAGCUUGAAGCCUGCUAGAUCACUUGCAGCACUUUGUGAUGUUUCUGAUGAUGAGGCAUUACCAGAUACCCACUCGCUCAUAAUGAAGUUCGAGCAUAUGAAAGUAAAAAACAACGGCUGUGUCUAACACAUCUAAUUUUGUGAUAAAACCGUCCAUUUCGUACCAAUCAUAUCUUAAUUUAUUUUUGAUCUUAAAUUUAUAUUAUAUACAUAUUUUUACGUAUUUAUUAUGAUAAUAUUAAGCCAAUACCUUUGCCAAUACAUCUUUUUAGAAGAUAUGUAUUUUUAUACGUAAAAAAUAUAUUUAUGAGAUUUUAGGACCUAUGUCAAAGGAACAGUGGACAAGUACUCGGUGUAACAAAAGUAAUGAAACAGUCGUAUUUUUUCAGGUCAUUUUGUAAAAAUAUCAAGGUCACGUCUUUGCUAACUUUGAACAAGGUCACCUUGAACUAGAGCCUCACAUUCAAAAUCCUAAUAGUACAUGAGGACGUAUUACAACGUAAAAUUUGUCAUUGCCGCUGUUAAAGAGAUGAGUCCACGUUUGAAAAAAAUAUCUUGCAAUUCUUAAGGUCACCAUUGAAAUCCUUGUUAAAAGUUACCCAACAUUUUUUCAUCGAUAACCCUGUUUCCAGAAAUUCACAUAUAGAAGUCACGUUGGUCUUAGAUUUUAAUACAUAUUGGAAUGCAGGAUUACCAGUUCUGUUAAUUGCCUGUGUCAAAAAUGGCGCAGCUUUAAAAAAGUUGACCAUGAAAUAAACUUUGUGAUCUUCAAGGUCGUAUUGUUCAAAGUUAGUAUAGACCUGACCUUCAACUUUUUCAAAAAUAUAUUAGGAAUAUACCCUACCUAUUUUUGUCCAUAAUUCCUGUAUGCAAAAUGUCAAAGUUGUGAGUAGUUCUAGGAUCUUUGCCAUUAACCCACACACAAUUCUUCCGAUAAUUUUCUCAUAUUUGCUCUAGAAAAGUAUGCAUAUUAUUGCUUUCUUGGUAAUUUACAUAGUUCGCAGAAAACAAAAUAAUCGGCAUGAUUAAGAUAAAAUAUAAUGUUAUUAGUCAAAUCCUUAUCGACGUUACGAAUUACAGUGUUGAAAAGUGAUUCAUUUUACUUGAGAUUAAAAAAUGUUUGUUAUCAGUAUUAUUUUAUGGAAAAAAUUGUGUAUUGUUGCAAGUUGUGCUGCAUGGAUUGUUCAAUAAUUGAUAUUUCAAAACGGAAAAUAUGCCAUUCUCAACUUUUCCAGAUUCUACCUGCAUAUCAAUUACUGAAUAAAGCAGUACCCUUCGCCUGAUAAUUUUAGAAAUUUAUAAAAAAAUAUUUAUUGAUGUUCCUCAAAAAUGUAUGAGUCUGAUAUAUUUUCAUCAAACCUAACUUAGAUUGCUUUUUUCAGCAUCCGAUUUACUGUUAAUUUUAUUCAUACUUUUUAUAUUCGUUCUUCAUUUCACUAGACCCAUUGUACUUAAUAUUAAGCUUGUUUUAACGAUACAGAACGUUGCAGAAUCCUGUUUUCAAGUUAUAUAUGGGGAAAAAUAUGUUUUUAUAUUUAGGUAACAUUUGAAAGAAAGAUGUCCCUCGGUAUCUCCAUACCGCGUCUCAAUAGCUUUUAUUGGAAAAAUAGAACAUAUUUUAGUCUACCCUACAUAAUUCUGCAACGUUGUUUUUUUAUAGUAUUCAUGCUUGUCAGAAGAUGCUGACUGACAUUCCAAAAGGGUAUUAUAUUUUUUUAGGUUUAAAAAACCGAUAUUGUUCAUAUACCUGUACUUUUGUAUGUAUUUCAGCACCGUAGAGUAUUUGUUUAUUUUUGCACAAUAAAGGUUAGUAAUAUCCAUGAUAAUAUAUCCAACAUAGCAUUAUUUCGACAAUAUCCAGAGCAUCCUUCAAAAAUGGAGUUUCAUCACUGAUUACUCAUUCUACUUUUUUUAGAAUUAUUUCCUCAAUUUCUAUGAAAAUUCAUCAAAACAAAUAGAAUCCUUGAAACUUCUAUGUAUCACUAUCAUGUUAUUUAACUAAUUGUUGAGAUAAUGCUGUCUUGCAACGACUUGCAAGGUGACUGUUUAAUUAUGAGUUAUAUUCACCCUGCGUAUACGUAUUUUUGUAUAUGCUUUUUGUGAAUAUUUAAAAUAAAUGCCGUUUAUAUGUA